UCUGUUUGUAGUUCAUUCACUGCAGUUUUAAGAUUGCCAUCAGUUAGGAACCCUAAAAAGCUGGAGACACACAUCUUAAGAACAAGCAUCCUGCUGGUCUCUAAAACCCAGUAAAGCCUCCACUCUGUUAUCCUGUAGGGAAACAGUGGGAGAAAAGGCUGACUGUCUUCAUAUGCACUUUGUACACUGAUACCUAAAUCAACUCUCCCAUUUUCCCCUUGCAGGAACAUCAUUUGCAACGGGCCAUCUCAGCACAGCAAGUUUUCAGAGAAAAGAAGGAGAGCAUGGUUAUCCCAGUCCCUGAAGCAGAGAGCAAUGUCAACUACUACAAUCGUUUGUACAAAGGAGAGUUCAAGCAACCAAAGCAGUUCAUUCACAUCCAACCCUUUAACCUGGACAAUGAACAGCCAGAUUAUGAUAUGGACUCUGAGGAUGAGACCCUACUGAACAGGCUGAACAGGAAGAUGGAAAUCAAGCCACUGCAGUUUGAAAUAAUGGUUGACAGACUCGAAAAAGCCAGUUCUAGUCAGCUUGUGACCCUUCAGGAAGCCAAACUGCUGCUCAAUGAGGACGAUUACCUGAUCAAGGCUGUCUAUGACUACUGGGUGAGGAAGCGCAAGAACUGCCGGGGGCCCUCCCUCAUCCCCCAGAUCAAGCAGGAGAAGAGGGACGGCUCCACCAACAACGACCCCUACGUGGCCUUCCGCAGGAGAACUGAGAAGAUGCAGACCAGAAAGAACCGAAAGAACGAUGAAGCAUCUUACGAGAAGAUGUUGAAAUUAAGGAGGGAGUUUAGCAGAGCCAUAACAAUUUUGGAGAUGAUUAAGAGGAGAGAGAAAACAAAACGGGAGCUGUUGCAUUUAACGUUGGAAGUUGUGGAGAAAAGGUACCAUUUGGGUGAUUAUGGAGGUGAAAUCCUCAAUGAAGUGAAGCUGAACAGACCCGAAAAAGAGAUGGGCACAACUCCUUCAUCUCUCCACAACGGGAACCACCACAAAGUUCAAGAAUGUAAAGUUAAGCAUCCUCACCACUCCUCUCUGAAGGAGGAGGUGUCCGAUGUCGUCCGUCAGAAGAAGAAAUACCUGAAGAAGCCCAAGCUGGAGUGUGUGGUGACCCCUCAGCCCCUGGCUGAGCCCUUGCCUGUGCUCAGCAAGAGCGAUAUCAAACAGUAUGACUUCCACAGCUCUGAUGAGGAUGAGUUCCCACAGGUACCCUCACCAGUGUCAGAAGCAGAAGAAGAAAAUGAUCCUGAUGGACCUUGUGCUUUCAGGAGAAGAGCAGGAUGCCAGUAUUAUGCUCCUCGUUUGGACCAAACAAAUUCUUCGUAUGAAAGCCCAGAAUUGGCAGAAUUGGACAAACUGAGGUUCAGGCAUUGCCUUACAACCCUUACAAUCCCAAGGAGAUGUAUAGGAUUUGCAAGGAGGAGGAUUGGCAGGGGUGGAAGGGUUAUCAUGGACCGAAUAUCCACAGAACAUGAUCCUGUCUUGAGGCAGAUUGACCCGGAAAUGCUGAACAGUUUUUCAAGCUCUUCCCAGACUUUAGACUUUUCUUCUAAUUUUUCACGGACCAAUGCUUCCAAUAAACAUUGUGAAAACAGACUGUCCCUUCCUGAAAUCCUAAGCAAUAUCAGAUCAUGUCGACUGCAGUGUUUCCAGCCCAGGCUACUCAAUCCCCAGGACAGUGAUAGUGAAGAAUGUACCUCAAGGAAAGCAGGGCAGACUGUGAAUAAUAAAAGAGUCUCUGCAGCAUCUGUAGCUUUAUUGAACACCAGCAAGAAUGGCAUAUCAGUCACAGGGGGGAUCACAGAGGAGCAGUUCCAGACACACCAACAGCAGUUAGUGCAGAUGCAGAGGCAGCAGCUGGCCCAGCUGCAGCAGAAGCAGCAAUCUCAGCAUUCCUCCCAACAGACACAUCCAAAAGCACAGGGCUCCAGCACCUCUGACUGUAUGUCCAAAACCCUGGAUUCAGCCAGUGCCCAGUUUGCUGCCUCUGCAGUGGUCAGUGCCCCGGCCCCCGGGCGCAGCGAGGGAACCAAGGAGCAGAACACCAGCCACAACAAUAUCAACGGUGUUGUCCAGCCUUCAGGAACCUCCAGAACUUUGUACUCCACCAACAUGGCUUUAUCAUCCAGCCCAGGGAUCUCAACUGUACAGCUCGUAAGGACAGUUGGCCACAGCACCACAAACCACUUAAUCCCAGCCUUGUGCACGAGCAGCCCUCAGCCUCUCCCCAUGAACAAUUCCUGCCUGCCCAGCGCGGUGCACCUCAACAACGUCAGUGUUGUGUCUCCAGUCAAUGUUCAUAUCAAUACACGGACUUCAGCGCCCUCGCCAACAGCCUUAAAACUUGCCACAGUUGCUGCCAGCAUGGACAGAGUGCCAAAGGUAACUCCCAGCAGUGCCAUCAGCAGUAUAGCAAGAGAGAACCAUGAACCAGAGCGCCUGGGCUUGAACGGCAUCGCAGAGACCACAGUGGCCAUGGAAGUGACAUAACCUCCAAGCAGUGUCCCCAGCUGUGUCACGGUGUGCUCCUUCCUAUUCCAGCUGAAUGCAAACACAGCGCUCUGUGGAUCACAGAGAACUCACACAGACCUGAAUGGACUCGGAUUAUAUCGUGUAUUAAGUCGAUAUAUAAUGUAAAUUUUGUAAAAUUGGGAAAAUCACUACCUUGUAAAAUAGUUUAUUUGUAUCAUCAAUAUUAUUUCUGUUACUUGAAUAGUAGAUAUUCAUCAUCAUGCUUUUGCACUUGAAUUUGCAACUGAAUGGAUUAAAAAAUAAUUCUUUAAUGGGAUCAUGAGCAUGACAUGAGAUCCUGCAUCACUUGUUUAAACUAUUUAUUUUGCCAUGUUUACAUUUUGUAUCUUGUACAAAUAAAUGCAACUUUGUGUCUAAAAAAAAAAGUUAAAGAUUCAUAGCUAGGAAACAAAAUUCUUGUAAUUUUUUUCUAAAGGAAAUGUAAAGUUUUCACUUGGUUCAUUUUGUUUCACAAUUUGACUAGAUGGACUUUUUGGUAAAUACUUUAGUGGCAUUUCACUGUCAAAUAUGAAGUUCAAGGCAAAAUAGUAUUUUCUAUUACUGUGCAGGGGAAAGGGAUGGAUCGAUACAUGCAAAUUUAAUGUAGUAACUCACUUUUCCAUAUAUUUUGAAUGUAUAUUUCUAUUUAUAAUACCAGUUUAUAAAAAAUAAUUACACAGGAGAGGGGAAAAAAAAACUGACUAGGAAAAUUAUGCAUCUGGCACAUCUCCAAAUGUGCAGAUCUGAGAAAAUUUUCACCUUGAUGCCAUUUUAUCCGAAGACUGCGUAUUUUAACCGGCUUUCAAGCUGUACCACACCACAUUAAAGGAUAUUUUACCAGGUAUGUAUUGCAUUCUAUAUCAUUGCAAUAAUUCAUUAUUGGAUGUCUAGCUAUCGAGCCAUCCCAGGGGGGUGGGAGGGUUGUGGCAAGAUUGUCUUUUCAAUUUUGGAGAGUUUUCCUGUGGCUACAAGGCAAGUAACGGGUUGGAAAAAGUCUGACUGUAAGCGUUGGACACCUUCGUAGUGUAGUGUUUUAGUGACUUUUUUUAUACGGUUCUUGUACAUUAGAUACGUGUAGUGGUGUUUCCGAAUGUUUGUUUAUGCACUAGUUCAGACAACUUUCCCUGUUACUUGUUCUUGAUAAGUGAAAACUGCAGGGAAAUAAAAAUACAUAUCAAAAGCU